AUGGGCUUCACCACAGGAUUCACCGGCGGCGUGACCGUGACCCUCGGCGUAGCCUACCUCACAGUCCUCGCCCACCAACGCAACCGCGAAAGGCAAUCCCACAUCCUCCGCUCGCAGACCCACGUCCUCUCCUCCGCCCUCGAGCCCCAGCUCCGCAUCCCCCCACCCCUGACGCGCUCCGAGCAGGCCGUCAAGGACCGCGAGACCCUCGUCACGACCGCCAAGGACCGCUGGAACCACGAGGUUGAGAACGCCGUCCGGUGGGCGCAGCGGACCGACUGGACCGAGGUGCGCGAGGGGCUCGAGAGCACCGUCGCCAGGCUUUGGGGCGGCGCCAUCGAGAAGGCCGGCGAGGCGGAGCAGGCCGUCGAGAAGAGGGCGGUGCCGCUAGCGCGGGAGGCGUCCGCAAAGGGCGCCGCGUUCGUUGAGGAGAAGGGCGAGGGCGUCCGGAGGGAGGCGCGCAGCGCAUGGGAGCGCGCGAAGGAAAAGAGCCUCGCCGCCGAGGAGACGGCACGCGCCAAGGCGGCCGAGGCGAGGAAGUACGUCGACGAGAAGGCAGCCGAGGCCAAGGCCGCCGUGGGCGAGGCUGUGGAGAAGGGCAAGCAGCAGGGCCAGGCGGUGCUCGUGGCGGCACAGCAGGCGGCGGGCGUGGCCGAGGACAAGGUCAGCAUCAAGGCGGACGGCAAGGUGCUUCCCGCGGCGUCACCGGUACAGAGGGCGCUGCACCAGCGGUACGAGAAGCCGAGCGGGCUAACAAAGUCGGUCAAGGAGGUGCUCGCGGAGCGGUACCAGCCGGUCGACGACCGUGAUAACACGCAGCUCAGGGGUAUCUGA